UUCCAGCCGGACACAAUACGGGACGGAAACCAAACAGCCACGUAGUGAAAGGCGAAGCUCGCAGAGAGGUGAGCAUUUAUUGCCAUUUGUAUGAUUUAUCGAAAUUGUCAAUGUGUAAAUUGAACACGAUGUUCGUAACGCACUCACGGGAGAGAAAGUAAUCUGCGUGUUUAUUCGGAAUCUUCAAGAAUUCUCUCAUUAGCCGAUUUAGCUUGACAGGUCCCGUCGUAAACACGGCUAACGCUCGCUAGCUGUCUCAUUAGCACGGUGAGCUAGUUUUAGCCACCCUACUUUGAAUCUAUCUCUGACGACUUAUUUGUUCUGUUUUGUUUUAUUUUAUCUAUAUAUAUUGCACAGAGACACUAGGGGAAGCAGCUGCCCUCCACGCAGGGACACGGAUAAUCCCCACGGUCUUAAUUAAGUUAAAGAGUGACACUUGAAAGGGUUGACAUGUCACUGCCUGUGGAGACUGCGCACAGAUAUCUGAUGAUCAGAGCUGAAACAAAACAUCUGACAUUUCAGCCUGUUAUGAUUCUUAAAGAGAUUUUCUCUUCUGUGUCCUCUGUGUUAAAGCCAACGUGUGUAUAAAGUGUCAUGUGCAGGUUAAUCUAUAUUUAACGCUUCCAGAUCUACUUAUCUGCAGACCGAGGCUGUUAUCCCCUGACUUAUUACAUAACAUUAUUGCUGUCUCAAACGGAUCACUCAAGAGGAGCUUCACUUUCUUCUGUGAUGUUGUCUGAUCUAUCAAAAGUAUGUAAUUCCCCUUACAUGCCCUGCAAGUUAUAAGCCACAUGUAGGGCUGGACGAUAUGGGAAAAGGUCUGUCACGAUAUAUUGAUAUCGAUGUAUAUCAUGAUAUAAAAAUGAAAUUUAACAGUGCUUAUUGGUUGCAUGUCUUUCGCAAUACAAUAAUGCAGCGUUUAAGUUACCUCGGAUGUCGGAUGUCAGAGCUGGGAAUGACUUUACACCUGAGUUGACGGUGUUACAGAUGGACGCCUACAGUUACCCGUUGUUAGCUGUUGAUACUAUUGUCAGUUGUUGUUAGUUGUUGUUAGCUAUACCAGUUGUAAACAACCCAUAACACAGUAAUUUACUCUUACAAACACCAUAGCACCUUGUUCACAGGUAGAUGUUUGGCAGUACAACAUAAACCACUAAUUUAAAUUCACAAAAACAAAACAGAAGUGCUAAUAAAUAAUACAUUACAAGCGUUUUUACUGUUACUCUUUACUGUUGAUGCACUGUGCUGCCAUCUUGAAUUAUGACGUUGUCGUCAAGUCGGGGUUGGCGAGGAUCGUCAGACUUUCCGACUCAGUGUUUGGAAAUCCCGACUUCUGGGUACAGUUGAAUGCAGCAUAAGCUACUGCAUCUGUGAGGUCUUCGUGUCUCUUUGACAUUUUGUCGCAAGGCCUUGCGCUAGAGAAAGCGGAAUGGUCGGCUUUUUCAACUGCACAGACGCCAUGGGCUCCUUGCUCCGCCCGGGAUUUGUAACCUUUUGCAAUGUGCGUGCUCUGCAGCGUGGCACUGCUUCAGAAAAAAACAAAAAUACCUCCACACCACAGACAUCUUCGUGCCAGUGUUGUCGAUGACGUCAUCAUCUGUUGAACCUUCAUCUGCAUUUCUUUCGGGGGAAGCACUCAUUUUCUUUUAUUCUCACUGUCAGUGCUGUCGGCUAUGGUUGUGUGUAGCUACAGCCUGAUACUACACAGUUGUUUGCCACUUGGUUCUAAUUCAGCACAUGAUUGGUUCAGCGUGGAGCAGACCCGGAGCAACUCCCCUUUUAAUUGGCUAUUACUAAAACAUGGCAGAAUGCCGUCUGUUGAAAAGGAUAUUGACCAUGAUUUAUAUUGAUAUUGAGGGAAAUUAAUUUUCUAUACAUGUUGUUUUAUCGCCCAGCCCUAGCCACAUGCCUAACUGUGUUUCUCUCUUUGUAGUGCUGUGGACACUGGCAUGAUCCCAACUGGCCUCCAUCCAGCAAAGAUGGUUUUGUGAGAACCUUUUUCCAUUGUGACUGUUCAGCGUUUUAAUGGAGAUGGAUACUAAUGAGUCGGGAGGACUUCAGAUGGAGGCGAAUGCCUCUCAUGGAGACAAUGUCAUAAAAUCCAAAGAGGCUGGAACUCAUGAAGAUGAAACACUAUUGAAACAACAAGGGCUGGAGAACGCACAAAACACCAAUGGGAAUAUCCCUAAUGGUAGGUAACAGCGCUGCCUCAAAACACGACUAUGAGAUAUGGCUGUAUGGAUUUGUGCCGGACAUGGUUUGAAAGGAUUUUAACACCCCCACUGGCAUGGAUUGGAAAAACAAACAAGAAGAUUUUUACCUUUAAAUACCUGAAAUAUUUGAAAAAAAGAGAUGGAAAUGUAAAGGUUGACAUGCUACAAUCAGCAACAGGACUGGGGGUCUGUUCCUACAGCUGAGCUCAUCUAUCACCCCUAAGUGUGUUUGACCCUUAAAUAAAUGAGUAAUUUCUAUUCUGGAAAAUUAAUUUAAUAAAAAUUUAGUUAUAGAUAUGCACUGAGUAAAGGUAGGUAUCAUUGCACUGCUUAAUAUCAUUUUUCGCACAUGUGUUUGCAUUGUACUUUCUCGGUGUGAUUGUCUGAAGGCAGCACCUGGCUGUUGUCACUCAAAGGAGGUAGCUGCUGUCACCUUCUCAUUAAGUGCCAUCACAUAAAUCAUUGCCAAGAGAUGUUUUUAUUGCUCUGCUUCUUUCUGUAAAGGCCAGUAUUGUGUUGUGGUUAGCUUAUUUUAAAUUCUGCUCUCUCUUCUGCAGUUAUUUCCCCUGCAGGGAUAUAACUGGGAUCUCUUUUAUCUAACACUGGUAUCAUGCCAUGCAUGACCUGUUUUGGUGGGUAGUAAAAGGCCUCAGGCUUUCUACUGCUCUGUGUUACAUGGCUCUUUGAGCUAAUGUGUUAAAUAGCUGAAAUGAAUUCUAAUUGGUAAUUAUCAGGCAGGUACUGUCCUCACAGCUCAUUGUUAUUAAAGGAAGAGAAGCAGCCUCAGGGGAAGGAAAAUCAGACAAUUUAAAGACUCCUGAGAAUAUGCUAAAAGGACAUUUCUGAGGAUAUAUUUCUGCGGUGUGUGAACAUUUAAAAAUAUAAGUCAAGUGCAAUAGAUAUGAACUUUAAGGUUUUAUAAAAAUAGAUUUCUUUGCUACAUUUAGUAAACCUGCUUUAUGUUGGUGUGGUUUGAUUAGAUUUCUUUAACAGACUUUAGCAACAUGAAUAAGAAAUCACACAACUGCUGCUGGGUUUCAAACAGAUGUCAUGUGACGCCACUGAUUUCCAGUGUGGCCCAUCCCACAGUAAACCAGUCAUAAGAUCACAGACUGCACAGCACUGGCAGAAACCGUUGCAAAAUAACCAUAACAAUCCCAACUUAUGCAGUAACUUAUGUUGUGGAUUGAACUUUUCACCCAGAGUUUGAAGCUGAUACAAACAAAUCCUCUUCAUAGCCUCUAUAUUGAUUGGUUUGCAGGAUGAGCCUUCACUGUGAUUCUUCAUAGGAAGUGCAGCCAAGGGGAUGUACCAACUGCCCACAUGUUGCAUGAAUGUUUCCAGCUCAGUGCUUCAGCCUGACAAAGUUGCCAAGCCUGCAUAACAAGUGGAAUAACUUAGCUGCAGUCGAGCUCACAAGAUGUUCGAAUGACUAAUUGACAAAUUCCUCACUAAAUCUCUCCCCCCUUCUCCUUCAGGUCCCGUCAGUUCAGAUGUGAUGCCAAACGGAGAUGGACUGGCAGAGGGCUUUGGUGCUGCGGGGGAAACUCAUAUAAAUGGGUCCUUGUCUCCGACAGCCCCUCCUCAGAGCACCAGCUCCCCUGUCAACUCCCAGACCCAAGAGCCCUCCCCAGGUGUGGCUUCUUAUCCACCCAUGAUGCUAGAGAGGUCUGAGGGGGCUAGUGCUGAGGUCACGGUUCACACGGGUGAUUCAUUGCAGUCGCUCAGACUCAGUAUACCUAUGCAGGAGACUGAAUUGUGUAAGCAUAAACGUAUGUGGAGUGAUUUUCCCCUCAUACCCCUGUAUUUUGACCUUAUUUUUCUGUGGGAUGUUUGCCCCUGGGAUCUUCUUUUUAACCCCCAUGUUUAUGAAUAACCCAAACAGAAGGGGCUUGUGGGAAAUUUUCCAACACAUGCAAAUUUGAUCACUGGAUUAGAUUUUGGUGUGGGUGUUUGAUUUGGGCAACGUUUGGAUGAAUGUCUGUGAUUUUGGAACGAACCCUUUGGCAUGUUUUGGUUUUGUUAUUUUUAAAAAAAUCAUUUUUAUUUCGUUUGGCUUCAAAAUGUUCCAGUAACUCCCACAGAAAACAUACGUAGAGCAGCAUAAAAGCUUAGCUUUGUUUUUGUGUUUGGAUGGAACGUAGCUUACGCAAUGCAUUUUCUAAAUGCAUUUGAAGAAGUCUUUAUUAAAUCAGGUAGAAUACUGGCUGCAGUCAUGACUGUAUUGAAGUCAUGACUGAAACCAAAUUUAGCAUGGGGCGCCUUUCUAAUUAAGAGUGUAAAGAUGAAACGUCAAGUUUCUUGCCUGCAGAUUAACAUAGUAAAUGCCAAUGAAAAUUAACAAACAUGAUCAUUCUAAACUAACAUGAGAGCUUACAAGCUCACAGUUCUUGUACAAAGUGUUGCAGAUGUGUUGUAUAUGGGCUGAGAAAUAUUCUCUUGCUUUUUUAGCCAAUCAGCAGCCAUCACUGGAGAUGGAGAACGAGGAGAAGAUCCGCUUGGAGGCUCGCCGCCGUCUGGAGGAGCAGCUGAAACAGUAUAGAGUGCAGAGACACAAGGAGAGGGUCAGUGGGUGGAAUAUCGGGCUCUUUCAGACUUUUCCUAUUUUUUUUACCUUAACUUUAUUCUUGACUUUUCAAUGACUUCUCGAAGUGCAUAAUGAGUCAUGCCUGGUCUCAAUACUCUUCUAAAGAAGGCUUUUCUUUCACUUCCGUAGUUUGGUUUAGUUGUUUUUGAGGGUUUUAUGAAUGGCUAGUGUCAUUGUGUAUUUUCUUUCAUGUCUUUCUAGUCUCACCGCAGCACCCCGAAGAUAAGGCCAUCUAGCACCCUAGAUCCAGAGCUCAUGCUGCACCCUGAGGCUCUGCCCAGAGCCAGCACUGUUGCCAUGACCAAGGAGUAUUCCUUCCUGAGGACCAGUGUCCCCCGUGGUCCCAAACUGGGAAGCUUGGGAAUUCCCCCUCCGAAAGAAAGGAAGUCCAGAUCACCCCGCCCGAGUAAGAUCCACUCCUUAGCUGACUACAAGUCUCCUGAGAGUGACGGUGGAAAUGGAGGAGGAGGUGGAGGAGUAAGAGCAGCAGACAGCACCAUGAGCUCCCUCCAGUCCACCAUGAGCUCAGUCUCUACUCUGUCCGAGGUCAGUGUGAUGUCAGAGGGCGGCACCUGUGAGGCAGAUGCGCAGCAGGGAGCUUCGCUUCAGAUCGGGGACAACGUGUCAGAGAUAGACGGCAGUGAAUCUGGAACAAGACCGGGGAACGACGGCAAUGACAGCGACAGCUCGUCUUACAGCAGUGUGUCCACCAGAGGGACGUACGGUAUGCUUUCUGCUGCAGUGGAGAGGCAGAGGGGGCCUUACACAGUCGAGGGGAGAGAGAUCGCCCCUGAUGCGAUGGGUCAGUUCCCCUCCCUGCAGGAGGUGCUGCAGGCAGCCAAAGAGGAGCAACAUCUGCUGGAGCUGGAGCAGGAGAGAGAAGGGACAGCAGAGCCUCGCAGCCGCAGAGACAGUUUCUCCAGCAGGUAUUUAUCAGGAUUUCAACCUGCCUGAGCAAGUCCAGACUCUGAAGUGAUGUUUGUGAUCAAUUUAAGAUAAUAAAAUGCCAAUAUAGUAAUUCCAAAAUUCAUCAGAUUGACAAGUUAUGUUGUUGACAUGUGUUUCAGUGUUUCUUUGGAGAGUUCAGUGAUGGGGCAUGAUGAAAUGCUGCAGGUGUUGAAAGAGAAAAUGAGACUGGAGGGUCAGCUGGAGUCUUUGUCAUCUGAAGCCAAUCAGGUAAGAUUACGUAUAAUUUCUUUUUACAUUUAACAGAUCCCCUUCAGAAAUUAUUUAACUCUAAACCACCUCAGGUCAGGAUUGUUGUGAAAUGCAGCAUUGGCAAGAUCAGAUCACCUGAUAACCUAAUAUUGAAAAAACUGUCCAUCCUCCUUUAAGUGUAAUUCACAAUAUAUGAUGAUCAGUGUUGAGUCUUCCUAAUAAAUGUUGAUCCUGAUGCUGGUGAUUAUUUCCAAGUUGUGACUCGCGACAUCCAAGAAGAUUACAUUUAGUCUAAUGACUGUUACCUUACCUGAGAAGGUUGACACUGUACGGGAAACCCCAGGAACGAUCGGACUCAGGUGCUGACAAAGCUCUUCUGUCCUCCAGGCCCUCAAGGAGAAGACAGAGCUUCAGGCCCAGCUGGCUGCAGUGAACGCUCAGCUGCAGGCCAAGAAGGAGGAGGCCCAGGUCAGCCAAGAGAAGCAGGGUGUCCUCAACGCGGAGGUUGGCACACUGCGGCAGAACUGCAGUCAGCUUGAGAAGGCCAUGGUGGAACUUCAGGGAAGUUUGGAGAGCAAAAAUGCCAGCUUGGCUUCUUUGAGUAAUGACCUUAAGGUGGCAGAAGACCAAUACAACAGGCUGAUGGGGAAGGUGGAGGAAAUGCAAACCACUGUAACAUCAAGAGAUAACACUGGUGAGUGAUGGGGAUCCAGAGUCAGUAUGGAGGAGGGGAACCGUGUCCACUGGUUUUAAACACUCACACAGAACUGAUGGAGAUGUCUUACUCUUGCACUUGCAGUUCAGGAGUUGCGUUUGCAAAUGGGCGGCCUCCAGAGCCAGCUUCAGCAGGUUCAGGUGGAGCGCAGCACUCUGCAGAGCCGGCUGAAGACCUCUCAGGCUGAAAUCGACUCACUGCAGCAGGUCCGACAGUGGUACCAGCAGCAGCUAGCACUGGCCCAGGAGGCAAGAGUGCGGCUGCAAAGUGAAAUGGCCAACAUGCAGGUAAGGUCGACGCUAACAGGAUGCAUCAAAGCUUCAUUCGAUUCAGACGUGUGUAUACUUGAAACUUUUGUCGUUUUGUUGUCUCCCUCAGGCUGGACAGAUGACUCAGUUUGGUGUCCUCGAACAUUUGAAGCUGGAGAACGUGACUCUGUCCCACCAACUCACUGAGACACAACACCGCUCCAUCAAAGAUAAAGAGCGAAUCGCCGUCCAGCUGCAGAGCAUUGAGGUCUGUCUGUGAAUGUGUUAUUAUUAAACCCCCUUUAGGAAACAACCCUGUAAAAUAUCAAGUAUCGUUUCAUUUUUGUUUGUAUUAUUUUUGUGUCAGUUUGAGUGCACCGAGUAAAACCUUUUAUUGUCUGUCAUUUAGGCUGACAUGCUGACUCAGGAAGCUGCUUACAAGCAGAUCCAGGAUGCAAAGACCAUGGUGGAGGAUGAUCUGCAACAUAAACUGGAGGAAUUUGAAGAAGAGCGAGACCGUUUAGUGAAACUGGCCAACACUGCCAGCACUCUGGAACGAGAACUAGAGCAGGUAGUCACGCCAAAUUUAACCCUGAUUUAUGUUCGAGCUUGAGUGGUCUAAAAAAAAAGGUCUUGUUUUAAUCUGCUCUUAACUGCUUUUCACGCCUUAUCCAUCUUAGGUUAAACUGACCCUUGCCCAGAAGGACUUGCAGCUUCAGUCACUACAGAAAGAGCAUCUGGAGUUGAUGCGCCAGCUGACUACCACUCAGGAGAGCCUGCAAACCAAAGAGCAGUCCAUCAACCAGCUGGAAGCCCGUUACCUCGAGCUCGAGGCCCAGCUAGCGGAGCUGCAGACGGAGAGCAACACCAAGGACGACAACAUCCAGUUUCUCCAGAACGAGAAGAUUGUCCUGGAGGUGGCUCUGCAGGCGGCCCGAGCCGACAAGAGCCAGCUUGAUGAGAACGCUGAACGGCUUGGAGAAGAUGUCCUCGUGGCAUCGGAUGUCCUGGACGAGCUCCGACAAGAGGUCCAGGUCAAAACCAACCAGGUAUGAGACAGGAGGGGAGGUGGAAAUCUCAAAAAUAAACUUAAAUGGAAGAAAGUGAGAAUAGAAAUAAUGUAAACGUGAUUAAAGCAAAACCAGCAGCUUCACAACAAAUAAUGAUAUUUCCUUUAACAUGAGAGAAUUUCUCUUCAUACUCUGUUUUUGAUAUUAUUCUUUUUUAAAUAAAUAUAUAUUUUUUUAUUUCAGGAAACCAAUAGAGAGUUCACUUUUUGAAAUAUUAUUACUAUUAUAUCAACACAUAUUAGACUGUAUUCACAUGAUUGUGUUACAAAGUUCCCAGGUCCACCUUUUUAUAAUAAAACUAUAAAAAUAAAUCAAUAAAUAAAUGAUGUAUAAUAAAAUUCAGUCAUUUAAACUAAUAAUUCAGAGACUCACAGGUUUAACUUAGUCAGUCCUCUUGGUCCAAAUCCUGUCAAAUCUUUGCUUUUGGACUCUGGGGGAAAUGAUAGUCUUUCCUUAAACGGAAUUUCAUACAAUAUCCCAUCAAUAUUAUUAUGUUUGUUUUUUUAUAAUCACAGCUUCUCUGACCCCCAAAUCACAUCCUCUAACCAAAAGAGACUUUAAAUUUAAAAUGGCAAAGGCAGCAAAUCAUUUUGUCAAAGAAGCUGAAACCAUCAAAUAGUUAUUUUUUAUUUAUGUUUUACAGCAUUAUUGCCUAGAAAGAGAGAAAAUGUAGGGAGCAGGGAGCAGGGGUGACAUGCAGGAGUUGGAGGAGAGACUGAAGUCUAUGAAUACGGGGUCGGCCUUUUUAACCACGGUGAUCAGCCAGUCCAUGCUUUAAAAAUGAUUACAACUAUUUAUUAGAUUAGAUUAGAUACAGCUUUAUUUUUUAUUUUGGGAAGGUUCCCUCUAGAAAAUUAAAAAAAUUAUAGGAACAUCAAAAUAUUGAAAAACGUUUUGAUCGAUUGAUCGUUGCAUCUCUUACAGAAACUUUUGAAAUAAUGUAUAAAAACGUUCUUGGCCACGGUGGGCAGAAGCUCUCCCAUGAAACUCGUACACUGCGCUCAGAGCUUCUUUUGGAUCCUUUUGAUGAAGAUGUGCAUUUUUCAUUUAACUGAGCAGUAACUAGUCUGCACAAACCAAAACAAAAACAUGUACACAAAAUCCAAAUACCAUUCAACACGGUGUUUCAUCUUUUAGUUUAUUUUGGUGUUUUCUACCUCCACCAUAUAAACUGAUAAAAUCCUCCUUUUUUUGGCAGAUUGAAACUCUUCAACAGGAAAACAGUUCCCUGAAAAAACAAGCUCAGAAACUGAAGGAACAAUUCCAACAACAAAAGGUAAGCCAUCUCCCAAGCUGCCACCUGAGACGACAAACAGCCGUCUCUUUCUGUCUAUAGUCAGUAGCAGUCAGGGAGAAGUGUGAUUGUAAAGACAGUAUGAAGGAAUAUUUGUCUGCUCUGUACUAGCUGGCUGAGGCUCAAGCUGACGUGGGAGGACGUAUUGUGAAACCAGAUGGCUGUUAUCUCAAAGGAGAGGGCUUGUUGCCGUGCCUCAGUGGAUUUAGCGCUGAUGGAUGCUGAUCAUUUCACAUUGACAGGCUGUCAGAGAGAGGGUGGAGUUUAAUGACAGCAUGACAGUCUGUUAAUUGUUUUCAAUUUCUUUUAAGACUUGGGUUUUUGAUGAGCCUUCAGACUCAGUCAAUAACAUUCGUCUCGGUCUUUUAACUAAAGCCGGGUCUGCUCUCAGCAGUCUGUAAAAGACAGACGUCCCUCUGGUGGUAAAGAAGAAUGAGAAAAGUGUGCAAGAUACUGGCAAAAGAAUAAGACGAGGUGUUUACAGACAGCUUUCUGUAUUUUUUUGAACCAUUUUUAUCCUUUUUUCUCUUAAUAUUUACAUCUUCAUGUUGUUCCUUUUCUUAAAUAACACUGCAUAAGAGUUUACAAUAAAAUGACAACAUAUUUGGAAGCUUAAGAGCCCAAAGACCAAAACCAUCUAUCUGAGCUUCCCAUCGGUGCUGUUUUGAAAUGUUUUCCUUGGAUAUCUUCUUUUCUGUUCCUGCUUGAAACUAACACAAGACUAUUUAUGCUGAAACAUGAAUCCUUUUAAAACCCUUUUUUGUAUAAAUCUUCUUGUUCAGUUUUCUAACACAAUUUGAAAUCUAACUUUCUCCUGCAUGGAGAUGACACAGAGCGGGACAUAAAUACUCUUGCAGCCUUCUCUGGUUAAAAAUCUCUUUCACGCUGUUUCUUUAGCAAGAAGUAAAAGGGCAAGACUGCUUACACUGCGCAGAGAGGAGAGCUGUCGUUUAAUCACUUAGACAAACACUUAUUGACUCCGCAGGUGAUGGUGGAAGCCUACCGCCGGGACGCCAGCUCCAAAGACCAGUUGAUCAGUGAGCUGAAGUCCACCAAGAAGCGUCUGCUGGCGGAGGUGAAGGAUCUGAGGCAGGAGCUGCUGGACGCUCAGGGAGAGAAGCAGAAGGGAGAGCUGGAACAGGCCCGGCUGCAGAAGGAGGUGGUGAGGGUGCAGGAGCAGAUGAGCAACAUGGAGACUCACCUGCAAGCGAUUCAGAAAGAGAGGGAUCAGCUGGAAACCCAGAUACAGGUAUGCAUGAAUAUCCUAAUGUGCUGAAUAAGUGUGAGUCAUGUCAGCAGGUACUCACAGUUUCUCCCCCGGAUUCAGUCUCUACAGUUUGAUCAGAGCCAGCUCGCGGCAGUGACUGAAGAGAACGAAGGGCUGAGGAAACAGGUGGAGCAAAUGGAGGGGGAGGCCAAAAAGUGAGUCAUGUGCUUCGUAGAGAUCUGGAAAGCUUGAACGAUUCCCACGUUAAUGAGUUGGACCGCCAUGAACACCCCUGUUGUCAUGUGUUAUUUAUAAACACAAAUAGAGCGCACUGAUUAGUCAUGAUGUGUUUUUUUUUUGUCAAAAGCACAUCCUUUCAAACCAUCACACCGUUUGUGUGUUAUCUAACCCCAUUACAUGGAAUUUAAAACAUGUUUGGUGUGUAUACAUGUUUGUAUAGUACAUCUGAAUCUAGAUUUCUUAUGUGUGUAUGAUAUGCUGUCAGAUCAAUACUUGAAUAUCUGAAAUGCCUUUAACAGGGCGAUCUCAGAGCAGAAGGUGCGCGUGAAGCGACUGGGGACAGAUCUGACCACUGCUCAGAAGGAGAUGAAGGCCAAACACAAGGCGUACGAGAACGCCGUGGGCAUCCUGAGCAGGAGGCUCCAAGAGGCGCUGACUGACAAGGAGACGGCUGAGGCAGAGCUGGUCAAGCUCAAGGCCCAGGUGUCUGAUGGGGGAGACAGCCAGGUCCUGCAGGUACCUUAGAAAAUCUGAAAACUCAGUAAUAAGCUCAGGAUGGAGCUGCAGUUGUUAGGUAUUAGGACAAGCAUCGGACGAGAUGUAUCAGCAGGAGGUCUCUUGUAUUUUUGCGAAUCUGAAUGAUUAAAAUACACAUAGUUAAAGUUUUACUCGUCUGCGCUCUACAAGCAUCAGCAAAUCUGAUUUUUGAAUCAAAUAAAACAAGAUUUCCUAAAAACCCUGAAAAUUUCACCUAUGAGAUAAUGAGGCGGUAUCAAUAAAACGUUUGGUUUUCAUUUUCUUCCAGGAGAAGAUUAAGGUCUUACAAACUGAGCUGAAGGUUGUCACCAAAAGUAAGACGAUGCUGGAGAAGGAGCUGCAGGAGGUGAUCACCCUCACCUCCACAGAGCUGGAGGAGUACCAGGAGAAGGUCAUGGAGCUUGAGGACGAGGUAAACACUCAUCAUUUGAUUUCUUGGUGCUUUUUUGCAUGUUGCUUUGUUACUUUUCUAUUAUCUCUCAGUUUACAUCUGCUAUUUUAUAAUAAUGACGUUUAUUGAUUCGACAGCUUCAAGAGUCCCGGUGCUUCAAGAAGCGGAUUCGAAAGUUAGAGGAUGCCAACAAGAAGCUAGCGCUCGAGUUGGAACAUGAAAAGGGGAAAUUAGCAGGCCUGGCACAGUCUCACAACACACUGAAGGAGCACUCCAACAUUUUAGAGACAGCUUUGGCCAAGAGAGAGGCAGACCUCGUCCAACUCAAUUUACAGGUGAGGAAUUAGCUUGCAUCUGAAAAUGAGGAUAAAAUUUGUGACGUGUCCUCGAGUGUUGUUGUUGUUGCUGGUUACUGCGAAUCAAAGCUUGAUUGAUGCACUUCCAAGAACACUGUUUUGCCAUCGAUUCUUUUUUUAGGUUCAAGCUGUUCUGAAGCGUAAAGAGGAGGAGGAUCAGCAAAUGAAGCAGGUGGUGCAGACACUGCAGCUCGCGUUGGAAAAAGAGAAAGCCAAAGUAAAGGACCUGAAAGAACAGGUACCACUUCUCAGCAGUACAGCAGUGCAGUUUUAUUUUUGACUUGCAAAUUAUUAAAAUUAUUGCAGAGCCAACAAUUUAAAUGUAUUUGAAUACGUGUUUUUGAGACUUUUUCCUGAGCACAUAAACAACGCUAGAGUUCAAAGCUGAAUUUCCACGUACAUCUACAGUAUUCUGCUGUACAGUGGUUUUUAUGGCUGUAAUCAUAUAAUGUGUCCUCUAGGUGGCAGCAGCAAAGGCUGAAGCAGCCCACAACAGGAGGCACUACAGGGCUGCCAUGCUUGAGCUGUCUGAGAUCAAAAAGGACCUGCAGGCCAAAGAGGACCUGGUCAAGGCUCUGCAGACUGAAUCCCAAAAACUACAGUAAGAGCAUUUCAUGGACUGACGAAUUCAGGGACUUUUUUUGUUUCCGCUCCUGUAAAAAAAUAAUGUGUCGUACUCUGCAGGGCUCAGGAUGAGCAGCACGCUAAGGAGGUUUCCAGGUUCCAGGAGGAGCUGGCCGAGGCCCACUCACAGCUCCAGAUCCUCCAGAAACAACUGAACGAGGAGAUGGCCAAGCAGCCGCUCACUAACCAAGAGGUAAAGAUUUGGAAUGAGGGUUAUAACCAAACAUUUCACUAAUGAUAAAAGAUCAGGAUCAGUUUGAAGAUUUGGUCACUUAUUAAUAUAAUGUGUAACUGCUCAUUCAGGUGGAGGACCUGAAGUGGGAGGUGGAGCAGAGGCAGAGGGAGAUCGAGGCUCAGAAGCAGCAGCUGGAGAUGAUGGAGCAGUGUCAGCACAGGGAGCUGGACAACCUACACAAAGCUCUGCAGGCAAGUUUAUGACUCGAUCAUAACUAAAUGAAACAGUGAACACAGAGUGAAGAAAGUUCUCACCGGACAGAUUUAAUCUCAUCACCACUACCCUCCUUUGUCUGAGAAGACUUGAUUAACUCACCGGGAUUAUUGUCUGUCUCAGAACAUCAAGGUGGAGCUGGAGUCGGUGCAGGAGGAGCUGAGCAGCACCAGGAAGGACAAGUUUAUGCUGCAGGCUAAAGUGGGUGAGCUGAGGAACAGCAUGAAGACGGUCCUGCUGCAGAACCAGCAACUCAAACAGGACCUGAAACAGAACCGUAUUAGAAAGGUGAGACUCUUAAAUUUAUUUAGACAUCUUUUAAAAAAUGUAAAAUCACAGAGUUCAGUGUUUGGAUUCAGUAGUUGAGUGUUACAGAGUGUUUAGUGAUUGUUAGUUAGAAAAUCCUUUACUUCAUAUAAAGUUGCUUUUGAUUCAGAUGUCUUUACUUAGAAAUUAUUCACAUUAUUUAGAUUCUUAUUCUUCUUUUUUCACAAACUUUCAACCAACAGAAAUAAAUGAUUUUUGAAAAUGAUAAAAAGAAAUUGUGUUUAUGAUAUCUACUGGCUAAAAACAUCUUUUAUUAUCUUUGUAUAUACAUUUCACAUUGAUUACACCGGCUCAGUUUCACACGGCUGGGACAGAAACACUCACUUUUAUGACUGUUUACAAAUCUGACAGCCUGUUUUAUAAAGAUAGAAAGGACAGAUUUUGUGCAGAAUAAGAAAUAUAGACCCAACAUGCCUGCUGAUGGAAAUAAAAUUACAAAACUGAUCUGUGUUUUGACGAUUUUGUCGAAGCAGCAGCGCAUGGAGCUGAAAAGUGAGGGGAACCCAUCCAACCCAGUGACACCAGUUAAGAUCCCAGACUGCCCAGUGCCUGCCUCUCUGCUGGAUGAGCUGCUUAAACCAUCAACAUCUGUCAACAAGGAACCGCUGAACAACCUGCACAACUGUCUACGGCAACUCAAGUAAGUACUUGUCCAAACAACAGUAUUUAGUUAACAUUAUCACCAUGAAGCUCUUUAUUGUGUUGUGCUGAGCAGCCGUCUAAAUGUCAACUUACGUGUAAAUUUUUCAUUUCUCAGGGAGGAGAUGGACAGCCUCCAAAGACAGAUGGAGGAACACACAGUAACAGUGCAUGAGUCAAUGAGCUCGUGGACAAACACAGAGGAGGAGCUGGCUCAACUGGGGACUGAAAACAACAUCUCGACAUCAUCAAACAACAUGGUGGUAGAAAACAACAACGAAGCCGAACAAGAGCAAUCGUAACUUUUCAAGAACUUUUCUCAGGCCAAUCAAGGGAGAGUGGAGUUUUAUCCACAAAGGCACUUUUAAGCCCCUUAUUCUCUUUCUCUCUUUUCUUAACAAUUGCUGCCAACAUUUGGCAUCCUCCCAUCAGCACAGGAGUGCUUUUGCAGAGUAAUACUUUCUAUAUCAUAGCUUUAUUCUUUCUUCCUUGUUUCAUGGUUGUUUUAUACUUUGGUUAUGCUGUUUUCACAUUUAUUUAUUUAGACUCAAGGGAUUAAAACUUAUCAGAAAGCCUCCCCGAGAGAACCCUCACAUCUUUAGAAAUACGGUGUUGUUAUAUAGCUAAUCUGUUAGGCCAGUUUCCCCUGUUGAGUCCACAGUUUUCCUCACAGAAAAAAACAAACAAAGGUAUUUAGUCGUCAUUAACCUCCUGGUAUAAAAUCAGCAGCUUUGAUGCUGCUUAAAGAAGACUGAGAUUAUUUUAAAGAGUGUUUUUGGUGACAGAAACGAGCGAUAAGUCGUUCUAGACUGGCUAUAAACUGUUCUUCCAUUUUGUCGUGCCUGUGUUUGAGUGAAUUUGCUCAUCCAUGAUUAACUGAAGUGGUUUCACCCCCAUGUGGAAGAUGAGGCAUCACUCCUUGACAUGAAGUUAAAAGUCAUGCACACUUGUUGUGGGUUUAUUUGUAUGGCCUCUUGUUUAAAAUGCAGUGUUUCUUACUUUUCUUGAAACCAUAUCACCCUGGGUUCUUAAUCUCUAAAAACGUUCAUCUCAGUUAAGGUUGGAGGUGUUCUGUCCUAGCAUGGACUGCGGUCAUUUGAAGCAAAAAGCCUUAAGUAAACUGUAUAGGACUGUGUUGGUUUGAAUGGGGAUAUUUCUGCUUGGAGUGUGUGCAGGAUGUUAAAUGUUAUAUUGUAUAUGUGUGCUAAUCCCUAACUGAAGAAUGGUGUAAAUUGUCAAAGAAGUUGGUCACAUGAACUGACAUUGCACACUUGAUUAAGACUUUACUGACGGAGGAGAAAAGUCGUAAAUGGAGCAAAAACAUAACUUCUUCUAACAGGAGGUGCAAUUCGAUGUGUUUGUUUUCUGUUACAUUUGGUACAUACUGUAUUUACAAAAAAAAUGGCAACCCCUGAAUCAGAUGUUAUACUUGUUUUAUGGCAUGGUUAAGGGGAUAAGUUAAUUGUUUUCAGAGUUUAAUAUAUGAAUGAAUACACUUUCUUUUUGUAUAAUUGUAAAUUCAUCAUAGUUGUUUAAUAGUGUAACAAAGAUGAAAUGCAAGAUAUCAUGCCAACCAUAAGUCAAAGCAGAAAGUUACUCUGGUACAGCAGCACUAAACUGACAGUGUAGAGGGGUCAUUGGGUUCUGCAUUGGCUUCCUGCGUUCAGCUCUGCCGCAGUAUCUGUCCGGGUUCGACAAGUUUUUUUAACUCCACUGUUUGCAUUUAAAUUUCCAAAGGGACAAACAUAUUUUGAGGGCAAUGCUCAUUGAGGAAAAUAACAAUAAAUAUUUAACAUAUACUGUGCUCUGAUGAAAAUAUUUUGACUGUAUCUUCCAAACUACCUUCCUCUGUAACUUUGGGUAGUAUGAAAUAACACUUGCUAGGGCUUGUCUGCGACCUACACAUCUUGCUGUAUCUACUUUUUUUCUCAAAGAUUGGGACUGAUUCAUUCCUAUGUUAUAACAUUUGUUUUGGGAGAUGUGAUUGUAUUUAUCAUAAAAUUGCACUAUUCAUCCAUCAUAAUAGUUUGUGCUCAUUAAUUGAUCAUUAUUUCUGACUAUAUUUUAUCACAUUACAAGACAAUAUAUAUCAAACUUUGUAUGCAGUAAAUGUCCCUUCUGCUAUCCAUGUUAUUUAAGGAAGUUACCUAGUUUGAACAUUCGCACAAAAUAAUUUCAACUUUAAAUAGGACAGAAAAAAAGGUUUUCAAAAAAGGGGGUCUGCAGCAUCUUAGAGUUGGUUUUUGGUUGUCUGCAAAUUAUUUGAUCCCUCUGCUAGCAAAGACUGGAAACAUAUGGAAGAAACAAUUUUACAUAGCUUCAAAAUGAACAUGUGAAGUUUAUUUUUUGAAAAGACUGCCAAAAGACAUCCUACAAAACCUUCCAGAAGCAUCACACUGUUAUUUUAAUAUAUCAAACAGUAUGGUAGAACUCUAGUAAACAGAAAAGU